AUGAGUAGGGUAUACGGCAUGGAACAAUUGAAUGAUAUAUUAAAAUAUAAUAUAAGAGGAAAUAAAAGAAAAGAAGGGAAAAUAAAAAGUAAUCAUGAUAUUAUAAAGGUAAAAGAAAAAGAGAACGGAGAAAAUUACAAUGACAAAUAUUUAAAUAAAAGUAAACUUAUAGGAAAAAAAUAUAUUGAUAAAGUAAUAAAUGAAUGUAAUGAUAUAUAUAUAAAUGAUUAUUUAUAUAAUAAUAAAUUAUAUCAACAUAUAUAUAAUAAUAUGUAUGAUCAUAAAAAAAUAAAUAACGACAUUAGGAUGAUGAAUCAAAAUAAUAAUGACAUUAGAAUGAUGAAUCAAAAUAAUAAUGACAUUAGAAUGAUGAAUCAAAAUAAUAAUGACAUUAGAAUGAUGAAUCAAAAUAAUAAUGACAUUAGAAUGAUGAAUCAAAAUAAUAACGAUAUAGAAUAUAAACAAUAUACAAAUUUAAAUAUAGAUAAUAAAUUAUGUAAAGUUAAAGGACAACAUUUAUAUGAAGGAAAAGCUGGUAUUACAAAUGAAAUUAUUAUAGAAACAUUUAAUAUAAAUGAAGAAUGUAUUUAUAUAGAAAAUUGCAUAUUAGAAGUAUAUAUAAAAAGAAAAGAAGAAAUCGAUAAACUAAAUUAUAAUAAAAAUGAAUAUAUAAAUACUCAAUAUAAUGAUAAUAAUAUGUAUGGGAAAUUUAUAAAUAAUAAUCUUUUUAAUAAAUAUUUAUAUGAUAAACAUCAUUCUUUAAUCAAUUUAAAUUAUAACAAAUAUAAUAUAAAUGCCAACUUUUCGAAUUAUAAAAAUGUAGGUGAGCAUUCCUCAAAACAACAUGAAAAUCAAUAUGAUAUACAUGAACAAAAUGAUGAUGAUAAUAAUAAGUUAUGUAUCCCGAACAAUAUAAAUGAAAAAAAAAAAAACACAUAUUGUAUUAUAACAAAGAAGCAUAUUAAUAAUGACGGUCUCUAUCAUGAUCAUUAUAAUAAUAAUAAUAAUAAUAUAACAUACUAUGAUACCAUAAAAGAGGGAUACUUAAAUAAUAAUUUAGAAUACGAUGAAGAAUCUAAUAAAUUAAUAAAAGAUAGUAUAAAAUGUAAUGUAAAAGAUCUAAAGAAUGGUACUUAUAUUAUUACUUAUAAUUUAAAAAAAUGUGGACAUUACUAUUUAUCUAUUUUUCAUAAUAAAAAACAUAUAGCUGAAUCUCCAUAUCUUCUUGAAAUAAAACCAUCAGAAGCGUAUGCUGCAAAUUGUGUAAUUUAUAAGAACGAUAUUACUAAUCAGUUUAUUAUUCCUUACGACGAAAAUGAAGAAAUGUUAUCAUGUGAUGAUGAUAAAAAAAUAUAUGAAGAUAAUAAAAAAAUAUAUGAAGAUAAAAAAAAAAUAUAUGAAGAUGAUAAAAAAAUAUAUGAAGAUGAAAAAAAAAUAUAUGAAGAUAAUAAAAAAAUAUAUGAAGAUAAUAUAAUAUAUGAUUACAAUAACAUUUGUGAUUACAAUAAUAUUUGUGAUUAUAAUAAUAAUGCACCGUGUGAAGGAACUGUUCAUCAUGUAUCUAACAAGAUACAUCAGCACGACCGUGAGAAGAAAAAAAAAAAAAUGCAUGUUUUAAAAUUUACAAAAGAAGAAGAGGAAGAAGAACUAAACAAAACUUUUAAUAACUUCUUUAUACAAUGCUAUGAUGCUUACGAAAAUAAAAUAUGUAAAGGUGGAGACAUUUUAGAAGUAGAAGGUAUUGGUGAUAUAAAGAUAAUUAAUGUGCAAGAUUUAAAUAAUGGUACAUAUGAAGUGAUAUAUAAAUAUAUGAAAAGUAAUGAUGAAAGUAAUGAUGAAAGUAAUAGUAAUAAUUGUAAUAAUUAUUAUUCGAAUAUAUAUAGAGAAAUCCAUGUUACUUUAAAUAAAGUACAUAUUAAAGGGUCUCCUUUUAGGAUUAUUUUUAAGAAUGAUAAUAAUAUGUAUUAUAUAAAUAAAUUAAAAAAUAUUUUACAGAUAGAAGAUUAUAAUAUUAAUUCGUUUGAAUUAAUAGAAAGAAUAGUAAAUAUAAUAAAAUCAUAUAAGAACCAUAUAAAAGAUAAUUUUAUAAUAACUGAGAAGAUUAUAAAUUCUUUAUUAUAUUCUGAUCCUUUUAUGAAUAUAAAUUCAUAUUAUUAUAAUAAAAAAGAAUUACAUGAAAUAUUACAAAAAGUUGAUACACAGCUUAUAUCUUUAAUGUCUAUACCUAUGAAAGUACAAUUAUUUCAUUAUAUUAAAUAUAUAAAUAAUGAUAACAAAAUCGUAGAAUUAAAAAAGUUAUUAUUUAAUGAUUUAAUAUAUGAAUUAGGAUAUAUAUUAAAAAAUAUUAAUCUUUUUUAUCAUUCUUUUCAAAAUGACAUGGAAGAUCUUAAAAGUAAAACAAUCUUACAAAAUCAAAUAAUCAAAGAAGCCAAUAUUAUGUAUAAAUCAUUAAGGGAUAAAAAUAUACACACAUUACCUUUCAACUUUUCUAUUAAUGAUAUGAACAUAUAUAAACAAAAUUUAACAAAUAAAAAAAAACAACUCUUACAAAAACAUAAUAUGUUAGUACAAAAAUAUAAAGAUAUAAAAAUGAAAGAAAAACAAUUUUUACAAGAUAGAAAACAAAUAACAAACCAAUUAACCAAGAAAUAUCAACUCCACAAAUAUGUUUAUGAACAAUCAACAAAUGCAUUAGUAGAAAUUAAUACAAACUUGAAAAAAAAAACUAUACAAAGUAUUAAGCAAUAUACAGCCCAUGAGCAAAAGUUCUUAUCCUUAAAACCUCACAACAAAACAAUACUUAAAUGA